UCCCGGUGAAACGCUUGUGCUCGCAGCCUCCUCUACUCUGCAGAACAGGUUGCACCACAGUUGGUAGUUGUUGGCCACUGGCUGCGGAUGAGGACAGAGGUCCGCGUGAGCUCACUCUGCCCAGAAAACCAAUCAUCUAAAGGACUUUGAAGUGAAGUUGAUGUUUCGUUUGGGCGCACUUCCCUCAACAUGAGGGUCCGUACCUGACUUUGGAUAUUGGACACAGCCGCUGCCUGUUGCUACAAGUUCAAUAUCAACUUUCCAGAGUUUCGGUGAACAUAACUGGGCGCAAUUACGCACGGCGAGUACCAUGGCACCGAUUUUGGACAGACGUGCCCCGGCUUUGCUCUUGGUUUGGAGCUACUGCGUUCUGGCGGACACCGCUUUUACGAACUUUACUUUAGACAACGAGUUCCACUCCAGUUUCAUCCACCGUCGACUGAAGAGCCAGGAGCGCAGGGAGAUGCAGCGGGAGAUCCUGUCGAUCCUGGGGCUGCCGCACCGGCCGCGACCCCACCUCCACGGAAAGCACAACGCUGCCCCGAUGUUUAUGUUGGACUUGUACAACGCCAUGUCCACGGAGGGGGACGAGGACAGAUACUCCUAUCCCUACAAGCCCGUCUUCACCACCCAGGGACCCCCGAUACCCAGCCUGCAAGACAACAACUUCUUGAACGACGCAGACAUGGUCAUGAGCUUUGUCAAUAUGGUAGAGCACGAUAAGGAAUUCCUUCCAGUGCGACGGCAUCACCGUGAGUUCAGAUUCGACCUAUCACGAAUCCCAGAGGGCGAGGCGGUCACUGCUGCAGAGUUUCGUAUUUAUAAAGACUUCAUCCACGAGCGCUUUGACAAUGAGACCUUCCGCAUCAGCGUCUUCCAGGUGUUGAAGGAACACACUGAUAGGGAGUCGGACCUGUUCCUGCUGGACUCCCGUGUGAUCUGGGCAGCAGAGGAGGGCUGGUUGGUGUUCGACCUGACAGCCACCAGUAACCACUGGGUCCUGAACCCCGGCAGGAACCUGGGUCUGCAGCUAGCCCUGGAGAGCACCAACGGAGAGAGCAUCAACCCUCGUGUAGCAGGGCUGAUUGGUCGCAGUGGGCCUCAGAAUAAACAGCCCUUCAUGGUGGCCUUCUUCAAAGCCACUGAGGUGCACCUGCGAAGCAUCCGCUCAGCACAAGGAGGGGCCAAACAGCGAAACCCCAACCGCUCCAAAGGGACAAAGAACCAAGAGGCACUGAGAGUGGCCAAUGUUGCAGAAAACAGCAGUACUGAUCAGAAGCAGGCGUGUAAGAAGCACGAGCUCUACGUCAGUUUCAGAGACUUGGGCUGGCAGGACUGGAUCAUCGCUCCUGAAGGAUACGCGGCCUACUAUUGUGAGGGAGAGUGUGCCUUCCCGCUGAACUCCUACAUGAACGCCACAAACCAUGCCAUUGUGCAAACCCUUGUUCAUUUUAUUAACCCGGAGACGGUUCCUAAGCCUUGUUGUGCCCCCACACAGCUCCACGCCAUCUCAGUGCUUUACUUUGAUGACAGCUCUAAUGUCAUUCUCAAAAAAUACCGCAACAUGGUGGUCAGAGCUUGUGGCUGCCACUAGACUCUCAGCAUCUUCACAUCAAGGCACACACUCAUGAGUAGAAAGGGCUUCUUCUUGCUGUCAGGCUCCACUUGGAAUGGAUUAAAAAAAAGAUGAAUAUAUUUGUUAUGAACCAUCUGAGUGUCUCCCAUGUGGAGGAUACUGGUGUUUUAUUUUUGAGGUCGUCUUGAUGCAAACCCACAGUUGUGCGGCUGAACAGGAAUUUGAUUCAAUUUCAGACUCCUCGCCACAUGUGCAGACACGCAACAUACAAACAAACACGCACACACACACUCACGUUUGUGCUUUCUACUGUGUAUACAAGACAUUAAAAGCAGUGAUUGUACUGUAUAUUCAUCCACAGUCAACAAUCUUUUGUUUAUUUCAAUAAUUGUUAUUGUAGUUGAUUCUUUUACUGUAGAUUUUAUUAUAUAUAUAUAUUUUUAUGACUGAGAGAGACUCGAAUGGAUUUUCUGAAUUUCUUCGAUGUACAAUACUGUGUAAAUAAUUUUUUUUCAAACAAAGCAAGAAGUGUAUUUAUUUCCUAGAAUGUCACUUGGGUUUGUGUUUUUCUCCUGUAUGUAAUGCUGCCUGUUUUCUUUCGCAUCUUAGUACACACAAACUCUAAGAAAAUCAAAACAAAGCUGACAGAAAAAUACUCUGACACGAGCGUUCAGCUGAAACUCGAAGCGCCUCCCGUGUACAUGUGCUACACAGGCAGAGGCCGUUUAUAUUUCAUCUUUUACAUUUUUAUAGCAACAAUCAGCCUAACUGUCAGAGAGAAGGAAGACUAGAGAGAUGGAGCUUUGUACGAAGCAUCUUGUUUUGUGUGGUAGGCAUUUUCAGGUGUAUAUUCCUCUGCUGUAAUACAAUCUGUCAUAUUUAAAAAGGUCUAUUUAUUGAAAGCUGGCUAAGAUGUACAGUGUGCUCCGAUGUCUCAACGAUGUUUUACUGCUGAACUGGUACAACAAUAAACUGGGAGAAAAGCAACAAAAA